CAUGUCUGCCGCCAUAAGUUCCCUCGUUUCGUACGGAAGCGAUUCUGAUUCAGAAAAUGAGUCGGAAUCUAAUACCGGAGCCGAGAAAGUGGACCAGGUGGGUCCGGACGCUACGGCUCACCUCAAACCUCUUCAGUCUGGACACACGAUGUCUUUGGCUGUUCUCAAUUCUGCUCCCGAGGUCGCCGUUAAGGAGUCCGUGGAGACUGGCACACACCUGGACCCUUCGCUGAAAGAAGUCACUUACAACCCGACAUUUGAAACCAUGUUUGCACCAGAGUUUGGCCCAGUGAACCCAUUUAAAAGCCAGCAGAUGGCUGCCCCUAGGAACAUGUUGUCUGGCUAUGCAGAACCUGCUCAUGUCAACGACUUUAUGUUUGAACAGCAAAGGAGGACAUUCUCCACCUACGGUUAUGCUUUAGAUCCCUCUGUUGACACACACCAUGUGUCCACUAGUGGCUACAUAGGUGCAAUAGAUGAGGCUGAGAAAAAUAAAGGGUUAACUGUGUUUGAGAGUGGACAUAAGAAGUCAGAGAAAAGGAAAAAGAUUAAAGGUGGAGAUGCUGGAGAGAUUGACAACUUCCUUGGACCAUGGGCGAAAUAUAUAGAUGAGAAAGAUAUGGCCAAACCAUCAGAGGAAGAGCAGAAGGAACUGGAUGAAAUCAUGGCCAAGAGACAGAAGAAGGGAAGGAAUGAGGAAGAGGCUCCAGGAGAGGAGAAGACCAUCCUCCAUGUUAAAGACAUGUAUGAUUACCAGGGCAGGUCAUACCUCCACGUCCCACAGGAUGUUGGCAUCAACCUGCGUUCUGCGGAGGUUCCGGACAAGUGUUACCUGCCAAAGAAACAGAUUCAUGUCUGGUCUGGACACACCAAGGGUGUCAGUGCUAUUCGUCUAUUUCCAAGCUCUGGACAUCUACUGCUUUCCUGCUCCAUGGACUGUAAGAUCAAGCUGUGGGAAGUGUACGGCGAGAGGAGGUGUCUACGAACAUUUAUUGGCCACAGCAAAGCAGUACGAGACAUUUGCUUCAACAACACUGGGACCCAGUUCCUCAGCGCUGCCUACGAUCGCUACCUUAAACUCUGGGACUCUGAGACAGGCCAGUGUAUCUCCCGCUUCACCAACAGGAAGGUACCGUACUGCGUCAAGUUCAACCCAGACGAGGACAAACAGAACCUUUUUGUGGCCGGCAUGUCGGAUAAGAAGAUUGUUCAGUGGGACAUCAGGACAGGUGAGGUGGUUCAGGAGUACGACCGUCACCUGGGAGCCGUCAACACCAUCACCUUUGUUGAUGAGAAUCGUCGGUUUGUCAGCACAUCAGAUGACAAGAGUCUUCGAGUUUGGGAGUGGGACAUCCCUGUGGACUUCAAGUACAUUGCUGAGCCCAGUAUGCACUCUAUGCCAGCUGUGACACUCUCUCCCAAUGGUAAAUGGCUAGCAUGCCAGUCCAUGGACAACCAGAUUCUUAUCUUUGGAGCCCAAAACCGCUUCAGACUGAACAAGAAGAAGGUCUUCAAGGGCCACAUGGUGGCUGGCUAUGCGUGUCAAGUGGACUUCUCCCCAGACAUGAGCUAUGUGGUGUCAGGUGAUGCAGACGGAAAGCUGAAUAUUUGGGAUUGGAAGACCACCAAGCUUUACCACCGGAUCAAGGCUCAUGACAAGGUUUGCAUCAGUGCCCUGUGGCAUCCACACGAAACCUCCAAGGUCAUCACCUGUGGAUGGGAUGGACAAAUCAAACUCUGGGACUAGAAAGUGCUCGGGUGCGUCUUUGGGGACAGGGGUUGGGAUUUGGGAAAUGAUGGGCAAAACUGUUUGUCCCGUGGAUUUUGUGAAGAUUUUUAAGUGAAAGCCACAGGACUGGUAUCCAGUCUUAUUGUAGCAGUGUAUUUUUGUAUCCCGGCAUGAGCUCUAAAUAUAGAAUAGUUUCUACUGCAAAAGGCGUAUUAGAGGGGUACAUUGGCGUUUUUUUAAAUAAAUGUUUUGUUAUCUUAAUUGGCAGUGUCCUGUGUAGUAUAUACUUCUGUAAUUCUUGCUAAAAAUUCUUUGUUUUCAAUUGUCUGACCAUCCCUUUGUGGAAAUAAACAUUCUGUAAAAUGAAGCAUUGUUUCCUUGGAAAAAGUGUUUCUACCAAUCAUAAUUCUGCACAAAAUCAUGAAGAGAAACCCCAGACCAUGCUUUCUCGUUUCCUUGCUUUAUUAAACUUCAUCAAAAGAUUUGGCAAAUGAGAAUAGUUUGAUCAUUUUUUUUCAAAAAUGUUUUUGGCCUCUUGCUAUAUUUGGAGAUGAAAGUUGUUGAUGAUUAUCUGGUGCAUCGCCGAUAAUGAAGUAAUGCCAAUUGAACACCAGACAAACAAGGGAGGAUAAAAAGACCUGACAGUUACACAAAAUGCCUCUUUGUGUAGAUCUGAAUAGUUUUCUAUUACAACACAGGGAACUGCAAUAUGCAAAAUAAUAAUAAUAGUAAUGAGUUCUCUUUCUCAUCUUUCCUUUAUGUCUUUUUUGCUCAUUCUCGCCCACUCAUGCUCAUUCAAAUAUCCAUCAACACACUGUGUACAAGUCUAGAGACAUUACAGUGCAGUUCUUCACAUCAUUGUUGUGUUUUGUGUUUUUAACGGUCAUACUAGGUUCAACUGCAGGGAAGCGCCUAUUCGUCCAGACAGUUAUCAUCUUCCACAGAUCUCGUCUCUUUUCAUCUACCUCAACCCCUUUGACAACGUAUAUCCAUUUCCUUAAAUUCAUGUACUAUUUUGAGUAGCUGCAGUCUCUGGUUCUGUGUAGACUUAAGUUGUCUGAUACCAGGCAGGAGCGUCUGGCUGUGAGCCAAGUCCAGACAGGACCAUGAUGACAUGGGUGAGUGUGACUCAGAGGCUGACCUGCAGCCAACAACACAGUCUCUAUGAGGUAGAACACAGAGAGCCUCUGGAGGCAAUUACUCUGCCCCUCUACACGACUGAGGUCAUUACAGGCCAGGAGAGGGAGAGCAGGAGGAUAAGUAGGAGCAGGGAUUUUAGCUUUACAAAAAGGUCAAACCAGAUAAGAACAGUCUGUUGGAGAAGAGUCGUGCUGUAGCAAGAAUAUGUGCUCACUCUGAAAAUUUCAUGCUACACAAACUUGCACAUUUCAAUUCAGAUGCCGACCCUGCCAAGUUC